AUGGACUACCUAUUCAAAGAGCAUGGGAUCAAACAUGGGAAUGAGGACGCCCAAUCAUUUGAUUUUUUGUUUGGAUUGGUGGUGAAGCGACUGGAGGCGGAUGAGUCGGGGGAGCCUCCAAAGUGCGACCAUGAAGGUGGAGAUCUCACCGGCAGCCCUGUCUCCGCACCUGCAGAGCUGAGCGGUGGGAGAGGUGUAAAUUGA